UCUCUCUCUUGGGGAGCGCGUGUGGCUUGCGAAGGAAGGAGGAAGCGGAGCAAAGGCAAAAGCAGCAGCAAACCGCCAUUGCGGCGGCAGGCAGCGCCCCGGAAUCCCGGGGGGUUCAAUAGAGAGGGGGAUAAGGGCGGAGGCGCGGUGUCGCUGGGGGGCGCAUCCUCCCCUCCCCGCGCCGAUCGAUCGAUCGCCGCCGCCGCCGCCGCUGCAUUGGUCGCCGUUCGGAGGGAGGAGGAGCAGCCUGCUUGGUUCGGGAGGGGGUGGUCCGGUGGUGCCGCGUCUCGCUCGCGGUCGCGGACUCGCCGCUGAUCGUGGUUGGGGUCAGGACGCACCGCCCGCGCCGCCAUGGCGAGGUCUUGGCUUAUAACUGGUAGGGGAGUUGCUAAGAAAAUAAGAAAUGCACCUCAUUGCUCUAGUCGCCCAAUAAGUGAAUUGGGUGCAGAAGCACAGAUGGAAUGUCCAAACUGCAAACAUGUUAUUGAUAACAGUGAUGUUGCUAUACAGUGGCCUGGGCUGCCUGCUGGUGUCAAGUUUGAUCCAUCUGAUUUGGAAUUGCUUGAACAUUUGGAACAAAAGAUUGGCCUGGGGGGUUCAAAGCCACAUACAUUCAUUGAUGAAUUUAUUCCGACUAUAGAUAAUGAUGAAGGGAUAUGCUAUUCACAUCCGGAAAAUCUUCCUGGUAUGAAGAAAGAUGGAACCAGUGGUCAUUUCUUCCAUAGAGUUUCAAAUGCAUAUGGUUGUGGUCAGCGCAAGCGUCGAAAGAUCAGUAACUGUGAUCAUGUUGUUUCUGUUGAACAUGUGAGAUGGCACAAGACAGGGAAAUCCAAAGCCAUAGUUGAAAAGGGGGUUACAAAAGGUUGGAAGAAAAUAAUGGUUCUGUACAAGAGUUCACAAAGAGGUGCCAAACCUGAUAAGGCUAACUGGGUGAUGCAUCAGUACCAUCUUGGGGCAGAAGAAGAUGAAAAGGAUGGGGAGCUUGUUGUCUCCAAAAUCUCCUACCAGUUGCAUGGAAAACAGAUAGACAAGUCUGAAACAGGAAAUGCUGAUGAAGAAUCUGAUGCAUUUGCUGCAAGGGUUGGUCCAAAAACUCCAAAGUCAAACACCCCACAGCCAUGUCGCUUAAAAAACAGUCCAUGUGAAACAGAAAAUUACGAUCCCAUCUUGGAGGACCAGGACGAAGAGGAGUCUAACAUACCUAUUGUUAGCCUGAAGGAUGAUGCUGGGAAUCCUGCGUGGUGCGCUGGAGAAACCCAGGCCGCGAGGGAAGCAGUUCAGGCCUGUCCUAACUUGGAUGAAUCCCUGCGCUGUCAUGAAGUUCUGGAUUCCUUCUAUCAUGAAACGUUGCUUCCUUCUGACCGCCCAAUUCUGUCCCAAGGCGGGAAUGAGAUUCUUGACAGGAACCUGAAUGCGGUGUAUGGACUACCUGAUCUCUACAAUGUAGACCUUGGAACACCUCCAGAUUUUCAGCUUGCUGAUUUGCAGUUUGGAUCACAGGAGAGCAUUGGCAACUGGCUGGAUAGCAUCUAGGUCGAUAGAGAAUUCGAAGUAAGGCGAAGAACUGCAGGAACUUUUUGUGGGAUCAAACUGCAUAGCUGAAGUCGUGCUGAACCAUCAAACCGUCUCAGAUAGGGUCAUCUGAACCUCAUAUUUUGCCUCAAAACUGGAAAGGAAAUGUUAUGUGAUGGCUUGUUCGGGGCCAUGUAAUGGUGGAAACCUCCAGCUAUUUAACUCUAUGGGAGAGCAUGUAGGUGUGUAGGUAUGUCUUAGUUCGACUCUCUUUGUCACAAACUUGCAUAUUUCGUGGUUCCUCCUAAAAGAUGAUCAUGAGAACCCAUGCAUUUCUAUUGCCCAUGGUUGAGCCAUUCGUGAGUCUAUAAUUCCCAGGUUCAUGGUGAUGA